AGUCGUUGAAGUACCUAUAUUAAUUGCAAGUUUUUAUUGUAAAAUGUAUUUAAGUGGUAAACUCUUUAUUUUGGUAUUGGUGACUGCAUUUGCAAUGUCAGUGAAACCAGAUGACACGGAAAAGGACAAAAUGGGCGGUUGGCUAAGCUAUUUUUGGUGGGGUGGUGAUCCAGAUGAGGUGAAUGCAAUCUCUGGACUCACGAGACGUGAAGUCAACCUGGUGCAGAAGUCCUGGGCUCCUGUUAACGCAGACAAGGUUACCAAUGGUGCUGAACUUCUCAGAAGAUUUUUCACCGCGUUCCCGGAGUCGAAGAAUUUCUUCAGAAUGAUUAAGAACAUACCUGAUGACGAGUACCUAACAAACCCUCAAUUCAAGGCACACGUCAUCAAUUUGAUGACGUCACUCAACCUGGCCGUGGAGAACAUGAACCAGCCAGAAGUAGUUGCUGCCAUGAUGAAUAAGCUAGGAGAAUCUCACGGCAGAAGAAAGAUCCGGGAACAAAAUUUCCAAGAACUGAAAGAAGUCAUAGUGAAAAUGUUCAUAGAGGUGCUGAAAUUGGACGAAACGACACUAGGCGCCUGGGGCAAGACCGUCGAUUUCUGGUACAAGCACAUAUUCGAGACCCUCAAUAAAGCGGAACAGACCAGAUAACAUACGCAUUGUUAACCAAUUACAGUUUAAACGAGUAGUUUAGUAUCUACAAUGGCUACUGUGAAAGGCAAACUCGGUUUGAUCUGUUGUACGAUGAUAGCAAAAUGACCGAACGUCAAAUUCAAAUAUAGAAUGAGAACGCGCUUAGAAAAUUUAAUGACAAAUUUCGGCCAGUUUUAACAACUUUUGAAUUUAUAGAUUUACUUACUACUUUUCAUUAAUUUUGUAUGAGACUUUAGGUAAACUAUCGAUCUCUAGGACCCCUUUGAUAAUAAGCAAUAAUGUAAAAUACCUACAAUUACCUAGUAAGUAGUAAGCAAAUCUAUAGAACAUAAGUCUUUUUAUCGACUUACCAAUAUUUUUUUU